AGCCUGGCAAUUUGCGGUUCGGCAUUCACAUUAAUAAAGGUGAAAUAUGUCAACGUGGACCCUUGCAUCCUUCGGUUUUACUGUACGCUGUCCUUGGAAGAAAAAGUUAGGAUGGCACCGCAUGAGACUGUGCCGGCAAUGUUUGCAGUGCAGCUGCGCUAAUUCAGUAAAAAGCAACAUUGCCAAGUGGCCCUCCCUGGUCUCCGUGUGACUUCAGCGGUGACGCGGAGACGCGUUAACACGCGUAACCGUUGGACACGACGGUUACGCGUGUUACACAACGCACGCCUGUAAUAAUAUCGCCAGCACGGAGAAAGAAACCUCAGCGCUUAUUGUCAUCCAUCAAAAUGCCGCACGUUUUUGAGAGUGAGCGAGAGGGAUGGCCGAGGGCGACUCCAUAGGUCGACGAGUGAACUAUAAAAGAUGAGGUCCGCUCAACGAGAGAGCCAAUCAAGCUCCAUUAGGCGAGAAGACCUUAAAGGAAGCGGAUUGGCUCCGUCAAGUGGUGAAGUGCGAAGGCGUUGAGAAGCAUGCUUGGGAGAGCCACGGCGUGCGUGCUGGUGUUGGCGCUGGCCGCGUGCGGCGGCUUGCAGGCUCAAGCCGUCAGCGGCGCACUCUUGCUCAGGGACUACGGAGUCAAGCUGUGCGGGAGGGAGUUUGUACGAGCCGUCAUUUUCACCUGCGGAGGCUCCCGCUGGAAGCGGCUCGACGACGCAGACUUCGAAGCCUUCGAGUGGAAGCCCCACAGUGACGUCACAACAAAGAGCAAGCAGGCCACCUUCCACACUCGCAACCUUCUUUCCCAGCGUACCUCCUCCACCUACUUUUCUUCCAAAUCCCCGGCGGACGUUUUGACCCGUCACGCAGCUCCGAGCAAGAGUGACAAGCCCGAUUCAUUCAAUGAUUUAGGUGUGCUGGCUAAAGUAGUGUGGCCUAGAAACAGCAGCAGCAGCAGCAGGACGAGGAGGCACUUUUCUCAGGGUGUCGCAGGCAUUUGCUGCAGCCAAGGCUGCACUAAGAAUGAUAUAGGACGCUUGUGUUGAGGUGCCCAGCGAAGCAGUGUCAUCAUGUAAAUAUCUCCUAACAAAUUGUCUGCAUUUUCUUUGGGGAAAAAAAAAACCCAAAAAAACCCCAACAUCUUUCACUUUAUACACAAUCAAAUAAAAUCUAUCAUAUGUAACAACACUGUUGAAUUCAUGUCCACAGCCAAGCCUGCCUUUACAACAAAGAUGUGGAUGAAUGGAUACAUGUACUUAAAAGAGGGAGUCCAACUAGAAAAGUGACUCAAGGAUUUGAUGUUUAUCAUCACAAUACUACAAUAGACAACAGUUUUUCAAUAAAUUAGAGUGUGGUGGAAAACUUAAUUUAUUUCAGGACUACAGUUCUAUGAAAAAAAAGUAAUACUUGUACAUU